AGCUGUCAGCCAAUCAAUGCUGGCGCAGAUGCAGGCAGAGGAGACGGCUUUACAAACCGGUUAACGGAGGGGGACAGACAGACACGAACCGGAGAGUCUGCAGUCAGCUUCUAAUCUGCAAAAAUCACCUCUGCAACGGCGUGCAUCAAAAUGGAGAAGAAAUUCACAGAUUUCUCAGGAAAAUGGACAAUGAAGUCUUCGGAAAAUUUCGAGGAACUUCUGAAAGCGCUGGGUGUGAAUGUGUUCCUGAGGAAGAUCGCAGUGACGGCGGCCUCCAGCCCGGCAGUGGAAAUCACCCAGCAGGGAGAGAGUCUGUCCAUCAAGACAUCCACCAGCGUCCGCACCACCCAUGUCUCCUUCACUGUGGGUCAGUCCUUCAAUGAGACCACGGUGGAUGGACGUCCCUGCACGAGUGUUCCUAAGUGGGAAACAGACAGCAAGAUCAGCUGUGAACAGACUUUACAGAAAGGUGAUGGGCCCAAGACAGCAUGGACCCGAGAGCUAACCAACGAUGGAGAACUGAUACUGACAAUGACUGCUGGGGAUGUUGUCUGCACCAGAGUUUAUGAGCGAGAAUGAGGAUAUUUUUUCAAGAUUUUCAUACAUUACUCCUGUUUUGUGCCUCAUGCAUGGUUAAAUUUACUCGCCUUGUUUUCUUCUUCGUCCUCCUCCCAGCCAGUCAGAUGUUGCUCAGACAGUGCACUGUGUAGAAAAGGCUUCAGUGUACAUGAAUGUAUGUUGGAACAGUAGUUGCUUUUAUAACGCAGAAGCUGAACUUUCUCUCUAUGUUUCAUAUAUAAAUGUCACACAUUCCUUUAAAAAAAAUCCCAAAUCCUUUUUCAAGAUGUUAAUAAACUGUUUUAUAUGAA